AUGGUCGUUUCCGACUUGCCUUUCCCGUCGCCACCACCAUGGCCCCCAACUUGGGAAAAGAGGCAAGCGUACUUGCACUGGUGGCUGCUUCUCUUCAUGACAGGCGUAGGGGCAUUGAAAGCAGCUGGCUUCCUUCGCCACGACCUUUCGCAAAUCGUGGGCGUGCUUGAGUUUGUGGGCGGUGCCCUUCUCUUGCCACGAUGGUCAGCAAUAGCAACCGCUCUCGGCAAAGGUGGCUCUGAGCUGAGCUUGAGGGCCGGUUGUUGGUUCAUCCUCUGUGGCUUGGGCAUGAUCGUGUCGACUCGCAAGAGGAAGAGCCCGGUUUGCUGGAGCCAGACAGUUCUGUGCUUGGAGCUGCUCCGUAGCAGAGGCGGCAAUACUGCCGUACUUGUUGGCGUGAUGAUGCUAAUGGCUGGAACUGCCGCAGGCUGCCUUUUGCAAGAGUUUGUCUUUCCGCCUACAGCUACGCUGAAGGUUGCAUGA